AUGAGCCCAGCAAAGGAGAAGCACGCGGACGACAAUCUCCAUACAAGUCUUUGCCGAGAAAAAGUCGUGCUACGUUUAGAUGAUGAAUUUUUGAAAGAAAAUUGGGCGUAUCAACAUAAAGGAAGCCAGGAACCUCGAAAGACUGGGGACGAGUCCCAAAAGCUAGCAUUCCGCAGUAUAAUGCUAUAUCCCUAUAAGAUUCAGCAAGUGGCUAUUCGAUAA